AUGAGGAUGCUUCUGCAAGUGCUAGUAUCACUUCAUCUCAUCACAGUCAUCAUCUCCUUGGUAACCAUACUACAGGAAGCAGGGGCAUCUCCGACGAAGCCUGGCUGCCCAGAGAAAUGUGGGAAUAUUACCAUUCCAUAUCCAUUUGGUAUGGGCAAAGGCUGUUACCUGGAUAGGCAUUUCGAGAUUACAUGCAACAUGUCCUCCAAUCCCCCUCGUCCUCUUCUCCUCCAAGAAGUUCAACUUUUGCAGAUAUCAGACGACUCUCUGCGCAUCAACGAUACUGCUCAACGGAGCUAUUUUAACAACCAAUCAGGGAAGGCUGAUUCGUCAUUUGUGCCAUAUGAUAGAACUCAUCAUUUCAGUUACUCCCACACUCACAAUAAGUUCAUAGCCAUCGGAUGUGACAUAUUUGCUUAUAUCACAGAGCACAACAGUACAACAUAUGAAACCGGAUGUGCAUCGCUUUGUCCAGACAAUAACAUCACUGUUGGUUUUUCUUCUUCUGCUUGCACUGGCAUUGGUUGUUGUCUGGAGACUGAAGUACCUUUGCUGGUUUAUGAAUACGUCUCCAAUGGCACCCUCUUCCACCAUCUUCAUGAUGAGGGCCAUGCAUCUACAUUAUCUUGGAAAGACCGGCUGCGAAUUGGGAGUGAAAUUGCCGGAGCCCUGGCAUAUUUGCACUCAUAUGCUUCUAUAGCCAUCUGUCACAGGGAUAUCAAGUCUAGGAACAUAUUGUUGGAUGAAAACCUCCGGGCAGUAGUUUCUGACUUUGGACUUUCAAGAUCAAUACCCCUUGACAAAACUCACCUAACUGCAUUAGUACAAGGGACAUUUGGUUACUUGGAUCCUGAUUAUUUUCAUUCAGGUCAAUUUACAGAUAAAAGUGAUGUGUAUGCCUUCGGCGUAGUCCUUGCUGAACUUCUGACAGGAGAGCAAGCCAUUUCCUCCGAUAGAUCUGAACAAGGUCUAGCAAGUCAUUUUAGAUCAGCAAUGAAACAAAAUCGUCUGUUUGAAAUUCUUGAUAACCAAGUUGUAAAUGAAGGACAGAAGGAGGAGAUUUUCGCCGUUGCUAAGCUUACUAAGAGAUGCCUAAAGUUGAAUGGGAAAAAAAGGCCAACCAUGAAACAAGUUGAUAUAGACCUCCAACAAUUGGGCAGAUUUCAGGAGCAGUUGCCUUCUGAGAAGACAAUGAUUGAAGAGCCUUCGUUGCAGCAGCAUACAUGCGAGGACCACAGCAAACAAGCUGAAACAUCCCAUUCGUACACAUUUGGUGCAGUUACAGAAGAAAUAGUCAAAGACCACGAGGUCUUGCUCUCGUAAGGAAUACAGUAUGGCAGUUUGAAGUUUCGGUUAGACAUGAGGUUUCUUUAUGCUAUGGACUUCCGGAAUAAUGAUGUAAUGAAUGACUCAGAACUUUGUUUAAUUUGUUUCAAGUAUGGUAUGCAUAUUAUCAGGGUCCAACCGGGGUUGAGGCUGGUUGACAGUCAAUCAAUUCAAUCUUCAAUCUAAGCUGCCUAUGAUAUUGAGUAAAAAUAAUUUUGGGUUAUAUUUGAUUUAGUAAA